AUGAAGAUCGACAUAGCUCUUGCGCUGGGCGCAACGGCUUCUGCGGGAGUUAUGGCCGCAGUGAUUCCCCAGGCGCCAUUGACGAAUCCCCAUAUAUAUCACAACCAAGAGAAGUAUUUGAUUGAAUUGGCUCCUUAUCAGACCAGAUGGGUGACCGAAGAAGAAAAGUGGGCAUUGAAAUUGGAUGGCGUGAAUUUCAUCGACGUCACAGCAGAGCGGAAUGCCGGGUUCUAUCCUACGUUGCACGCACCGAGCUAUGUGCACUAUCCGUCGAAGAUGGAGCAUACCGACGAAGUAACAACGCUUAUCAAAGACCUGGACAAGGCCAAUAUGCAGCACAACCUGGAGAAAUUCACCUCCUUCCAUACUCGCUACUACAAGUCUCAGACGGGCAUUGAAUCGGCCACAUGGCUCUACAACCAGGUUCAAGAUGUCAUCAAGAGCUCCGGGGCCGCGGAGCAUGGCGCCACUGUGGAGCAGUUUGCCCAUCCAUGGGGACAGUUCAGUGUCAUCGCUCGGGUCCCUGGCCAAACAAAUAAAACCGUCGUGCUGGGUGCUCACCAGGACAGCAUUAACCUGUUCCUUCCUUCAAUCCUGGCUGCGCCGGGCGCCGAUGACGAUGGCAGUGGAACUGUCACCAUACUCGAGGCCCUGCGUGGUCUCCUACGGUCGGAACCCAUUGCACGGGGGGACGCACCCAAUACCGUUGAGUUCCAUUGGUACUCGGCGGAAGAAGGUGGAAUGCUGGGUUCUCAAGCUGUCUUCUCCCAGUAUAAGAAGGAUAAGCGCGACGUGAAGGCCAUGCUCCAGCAGGACAUGACCGGCUAUACCCGGGGAGCUCUUGAGGCUGGUCGCCAAGAGGCCGUGGGAAUAAUGGUCGACUACGUGGACCGAGAUCUCACGCAAUUCCUGAAGGACGCAGUCACGACCUACUGCGAUAUUGGUUUCAUUGACACCAAAUGCGGGUACGCCUGUUCCGACCACACGUCGGCGAGUAAAUAUGGUUAUCCGGCAGCCAUGGCGACCGAAUCGGAAAUGGAAAACAGCAACAAGAGAAUCCACACGACUGAUGACAGGAUUGAAUAUUUGAGUUUUGACCAUAUGCUCGAACAUGCCAAGUUGACACUCGGCCCAUACAGCCAGGAACUCCACGUUGCUUGCCUGGCAAUCCAGAGGGCCACGCUGUUGACGAAAAAGGUCCUCGAGGCCGUCGACAAAGGGAGUCUCGACAAGAGCGACUCCACGCCCGUGACGGUUGCCGACUUUGCCGCCCAAGCGCUGAUCAUUGGCGCGAUUCACCAUGCAUUCCCCGAGGACGACAUCGUUGGCGAGGAGGACUCGGCAGCUCUUCGUGCUGAUGCCAGUCUUCUUGAGCGAGCUUGGGACCUGGUCUCGUCUACCCACCUUGAUGACGGCGCGAGCGAAGCUUUGCUUUAUACGCCAAGUUCGAAAGAGGAAAUGCUCGGGUUGAUCGACUUGGGAGCCCAGGGCACCUGCGGUCCGAAGGGUCGCUCCUGGGUCCUGGAUCCCGUGGACGGCACGGCGACGUUUAUUCAAGGCCAACAAUAUGCGGUCUGUCUGGCGUUGGUGCAGGAUGGACGUCAACGCGUCGGGGUGUUGGGCUGCCCUAAUCUCAAUUUGGCUUCGGGCCGUAUGCACGAAGAUGCAGUGGACCGGGAUGGAUACGGAUCUCAGGUGUUUGCCGUCGCCGGCCAAGGUGCCUAUAUACGCAAGAUGGGAACGGGGGCCCUCCAACCGGCUCGCAAGCUCGACCCCAAGCCCCAAAUCACGGAGUUCCAGGAGUUGGACUUUGUGGAUUGCGUGGCUUCCACAUCUUCGAACAUCGACUAUCAUGCUCGCCUUGCAUCUUACCUGAAUGCGCCCUGGCCCCACACGACCGACCUCUGGGCGGCGCAGCUUCGAUAUAUCGCCAUUGCCGUUGGAAGCUGCAACACCCUGAUCAAGAUUCCGCGCAAGGCGUCCUAUCGAUCCAAGAUCUGGGACCACGCCGGAGGGAUGCUGAUUGCCGAGGAGGUUGGAUGUACGGUCAGCGACCUGGCAGGCAACCCGGUUGACUGCAGCCUGGGCAGGACCCUGGCGGAGUGUUACGGAAUGAUUAUAGCGCCGGCCUCUAUCCACGGACGGCUUGUUGAGGCCGUGAAACAUGUUGUGUAA